AGAUUUUUCUCGUCUCCCUACUGCUAUCACCCUAUCUCUCUAUUCCUCAUCGUGCUCUGUGAGCUGUGUUGAGGACUGUACAGCUAAUUGCUUGGAUCCAGCGUUAUCUGCUUUUUUGCUGGUCAAAUUGCGUAUCCCGCCUUUGUUGAUAAUUUCCCCUCACCUUUCACGACCGUUACGAUUUUAACGAACCUACAAACAUGGCAACCGCCGCAAUUCAUAAUGUCUCAGAUGAGACCCUCAAAGACCCUGUAGUGUCUGUGGAUGAGAAGUCCACCCAACCCGAAUCAACCGAAGAUACCGGCUCGGGAGAGAAGGCCAAGAAGAAGAAGAACAAAAAGAAGAACAAGAAGAAGAACAAGUCUAUCUCCGAACCCGCCGCGGAAGAGGGGACCAACGAUGCGGCCGAAACUGAGCCGGUGGUAGAGGAGACCGCGGAGGAGGCUACGCAAAACGGAACAGAGACCCCAGCUGUCGAAACCCCAGCAGAGACUGAGGCAGAGGCCCCAGCUGUGGAGGAAUCGAAGCCGACAGAGUCUGCCGAGCCAGCAACAGAAGUCAUCCAGCCCGUCGUCGAGAGCACACCCGCUACUAAUGGGGAGUCCGUCGAGACACCUGCUGAGGCCCCCGCAACCGAAUCCACCGAGCCCGAAGCUCCCAACACCGAAGAGACCGUCGCCGAAGUCAUCAAGGACGAGCCUGCUGCAGAGAUCGCCACAGAAGAAGCUACUGCUGCGCCCGUUGUUGAGGAAUCGAAGCCCGCUGAGGCUGUAUCAGAGCCAGUCGCCGAGACUCAGGAACACACUGCAGAGACUACCGGGACCACAAUUGAAACCUCGGCUGUGGAAGAGACCGUUACCGAAGUCACAAAGGAGGAGCCUGUUGCAGAGAUUGCCACAGAAGAAUCUGCCGCUGAGCCCGUUGUGGAGGAAUCACAGCCUGCUGAGGCUGCACCAGAGCCUGUGACCGAGGAGGCUUCCAAAGAGUCUACUACAGAGACUGUCGAAACCCCCACCGAAGCUCCGGUUGCCGAAACUCUUGAGGAGGCUCCUAAGGCCGAAGAGACCGCUGCGGAGGUUGCUGAGCCCGUGGCUGAUGAAUCGAAGCCCAUUGAGUCUGCGUCGGAGGUAGUGACUGAGGAGGCCCCCAAGACUGAGGAUGUCGAGACUCCUCAGGUCGAAGAGACCACCGCGGAGGCCGCCACGGAAGAAUCUGUCGCUGAGCCUGUCGCUGAGCUCAUCGCCGAGCCCGCUGCCGAGGAAUCGAAGGCGGCCGAGACUGUUGACGAACCCGUCGCUGAGGCUGCUGUUGAAGAAUCAAAGGAGGCCGAGACCGCACCGGAGGCAGUGACCGAGCAGGCUACCCAGGAGCCUGCCGUGGAGACCGUCGUAGCCACCACUGAAGCUCCGGCUGUCGAGGCUUCUGAGGAGGCCCCCAAGGCUGAGGAGAUCGAGGCUCCCAAGGUCGAAGAGACAACCGUCGAGGUUCCUAAGGACGAGUCCGCCACCGAGGCCACCGAGGAGCCUGUUGCUGAGCCUGUUGCUGAGCCUGUUGCUGAGCCUGUUGCUGAGCCUGUUGCUGAGCCUGUUGCUGAGCCUGUUGCUGAGCCUGUUGCUGAGCCUGUCGCUGAGCCCGUCGCUGAGCCCGUCGUCGAGGAAUCGAAGGAGGCCGAGACUAUCCCCGAGGUGAAGGAGGAGGUCACUCAAGAGCCUAUUGCUGAGAGCGCCCCUGAGCCUACACCCGAAACUGUCAAGGAGGAGGCUGUCACCGAGGAGACCACCCCAGAGGUUGCUAAGGAAGAGCCCGUUGCCGAAGCCCCCAUCGAGGAGCCAGCCACUGAAGAGCCCGCCGCUACUGAGGAGCCCUCUGUGGAGAAAUCUAUUGCGGAGAAGGUCGUUGAGCCCAAGACUGUUGCUGAGGAGCCCGCUGCUGCCAGUGAAGUUUCUGAGCCAACCAAGGAGGUUUCAGAGGAGACUGUUGCUGAAGAGGCCCCCAUCGAAGUAGCUCUCGUCGAAGAGACUCCCGCUGAGGUUGAGCACAAGGAAGUUGUCGAAGAGCCUGCCGAGGCAAUCAUCGAAGCCGCAGCUCCCGUUGAAGCUACCGCCAAGGAGGUUCAGCCUGAGGCUAUCAAAGAGCUAGCCGACGAGAAGGAGGUCGAGACUGAGCCAAUUGAGGAGACCGUUCAGGAGACCAUUGCCGAGGCCCCAGCUGCUGAGGAAGCUCCCGUUGAGGAAGCCCCUGUCGCCGAAACCCACGCUAUCGAGGAGGCCCCUGUUAAGGAGAUGCCUGUCGAGGAAGCUGCUGCUGUUGAGGAGACCCUAGUAGCCGAGGCCCCCGCUGUCGAGGAGACCCCCGCUGUCGAGGAGACCCCCGCUGUCGAGGAGACCCCCGCUGUCGAGGAGACCCCCGCUGUCGAGGAGACCCCCGCUGUCGAGGAGGCCCUUGUUGUCGAGGAGCCUAUUGUCGAGGAGCCCGUUGUCGAGGCCCCCACUGUUGAGGAGACCCCCGCUAUCGAGGAGCCCGUCGUUGAGAUCCCCGCUGCCGAGGAGACCCCCGCUGUCGAGGAGACCCCUGCUGUUGAGGAGACCCCUGCCGUCGAGGAGACCCCCGUUGUCGAGGCCUCCGCUAUCGAGGAGCCUAUUGUCGAGGAGCCCGUUGUCGAGGCCCCUACUGUUAAGGAAACCCCCGCUAUCGAGGAGCCCGUCGUUGAGAUCCCCGCUGCCGAGGAGACCCCUGCUGUCGAGGAGACCCCCGUUGUCGAGGCCCCCGCUGUUGAGGAGACCCCCGCUAUCGAGGAGCCUAUCGUCGAGGAGCCCGUCGUUAAGACCAUCGCCGUCGAGGAGCCUGUUGUUGAGGCCUCCGUCAUUGAGGAAGCUCCUGUCGAGGAGACCCCCGCUGUCGAGGAGACCCCCGUUGUCGAGGCCCCCGCUGUCGAGGAGACCCCCGUUGUCGAGGCCCCCGCUGUUGAGGAGACCCCCGUCGAGGAGGCCCCCGUUGUCGAGGAGCCUAUCGUCGAGGAGCCCGUCGUUAAGACCACCGCCGUCGAGGAGCCUGUUAUUGAUGCCUCCGUGGUUGAGGAAGCUCCUGUCGAGGAGCCGGUUGUCGAGGCCUCCGUCGUUGAGGAAGCUCCCGUUGAGGAGGCCCCUAUCGUUAUCGAGACCCCCGUCGUUGAGGAGACUCGGGCUGUCGAGGAGCCCGUUGUUAAGGAGCCCGUUGUCGAGGCCCCCGCUGUCGAGGCCCCCGCUGUUGAGGCUCCCGCUGUUGAGGAGACCCCCGUUGCCGAGGAGCCUAUCGUCGAGGAGCCCGUCGUUGAGACCUCCGUGGUUGAGGAAGCUUCCGUUGAGGAGACCCCUACUGUUGAGGCCCCCGCUGUUGAGGAGACCCCCGUUGCCGAGGAGCCUAUCGUCGAGGAGCCCGUCGUUAAGACCAUCGCCGUCGAGGAGCCUGUUGUUGAGGCCUCCGUCAUUGAGGAAGCUCCUGUCGAGGAGACCCCCGUUGUCGAGGCCCCCGCUGUCGAGGAGACCCCCGUCGUUGAGACCCCCGCUAUCGAGGAGCCUAUCGUCGAGGAGCCCGUCGUUAAGACCAUCGCCGUCGAGGAGCCUGUUAUUGAUGCCUCCGUGGUUGAGGAAGCUCCCGUCGAGGAGACCCCCGCUGUCGAGGAGCCAGUUGAGGAGCCCGUUGUCGAGACCACCGCUAUUGAGGAGCCCGUUAUCGAGGCCCCGGCUGUCGAGGAGCCCGAAACUACUAAUGAUGCUCCCAUCACCAAGGACGAGGAGCCUGUGGUGGAAGCCUCUGAGCCCGAGGCUGAGGCCAAGAUCCAGGAAUUCGCCCCGCAACAAUCUUCGGAUCCUGAUGUCUAUGCUUCUUUGCUUGCUGGUCUUCGGCCCGCGAGCUCUUGGGCACCAAGCGCUGCUGCAGAGGAGCCUGUGAACAAGGAAGUUGAAGAGGCUCCCCAGGAUAAGUCCGCUGAGGAAACUGGCAAAGACAAUGAUUUGACUGCUGAGGCCCUUGGUGCUGGAGCGGCCACCGCUGCCGCUGCUACAGGUAUUGCUGUUGCUGCUGCCGUGCACCAGUCCCAUGAGAAGACUGAGAACCAGGCCGAGACCAAGACUGAGAGUGAGGCACCUGCUGCAGAGGUGCAGCCUGAAGACAGUAAGCCUUUGCUCUCGGUCCCUGCGAAUAACGCGUCCGUACCGUCCUUCGAAGCUGAUUCGGUUCUCGCAGCACUUGUUGGCGAUGGCGAAGCCCUUCUCCAGAAACUCAACCAGCCCUCCACCGACCAAUUGACCUCGAUCACAACCAUCCAAGCACCACCCGCACAGCGCCCCGUUCAGGUCGAGCAGACGAAGGCAGUUCCUGAUAGCGAGCCCGUCGCCGAGCCCAGCCAGAAGGCUGCCGCCCCUGCACCUGCCCCCGAACAACUCACUCCGCCCAACGCCACAACCGAUAACGGAGAUGAAGAUGCUCGUCCUACGAGCCAGAGUCGGUCAGUCGCCGCUCUUUCUAUCAACAAUGCAUCUGAUAAUUGGCUCAAGGCGCUCCUGCGCACGGUCUUCAAAAACGUUGGACGCAUGUUCCGUCCUUGGUCAUGGGGCAAGCAAUAG